GUUUAAGAAAAGAUUAUCAAAAGAUUCAUUUUAGGACGAUCAGGUGGUCUGGGAAUAUUAUGAUCGGCCAUUCCUGCCCAUUUGCCCCCAGUGCCAUCGCCCUUGUUGAAAUUCUCGGAAACCGGUGUUCCGGCUAGCAUCCUCCCGAAAUUGUGGCUAGCAAACGUCAGUGGUGGCCAGUUUCGAGUUAGAUAAUAAAAUGAAUGUGUUCGCAAGGAAUAUUUCCCAAAAUCUUCUCCGGUACAACCGGAUCGGGCUUGUGCAGGCGGCAGCCCGCAGCUUCAGUGCCAGUGCCAUCGAUCGCAAGGAAAUAGAGAAGCUGGUCAACAACAACAAGGUGGUAGUGUUUAUGAAAGGAAACCCAGAGGCGCCGCGGUGCGGAUUCAGCAAUGCCGUCGUCCAGAUCCUUCGCAUGCACUCUGUAAAUUACGACAGUCACGAUGUCCUGGUUAGCGACGAGCUCCGGCAAGGCAUCAAGGACUUCUCGGACUGGCCCACAAUACCGCAAGUUUUCAUCAACGGAGAGUUCGUGGGCGGUUGCGACAUCCUGCUGCAGAUGCACCAGAACGGAGAGCUGAUCGAGGAGCUCAAGAAGGCCGGCAUUGAGAGUGCCCUAGUGAAAGAGGGCGAAAAGUAGAACCCCAUGGGCCUCACAUCCUCCUGGUGCAUCUACUGGGACAACCUGUAAUAUUAGAACUGGUGAAAUAAAAAAUCCUAAUUGCCUGCUGGUCAUCACAUGGGGUCUAUGUGCGCAUGCAGUCGA